CACGGAUUGUAGCAUUCGUAUUUCAGUUCAGACACGAUUGAAGUCAUCGCAGGAUCUUCCCCGCAUAUAUAGCAUAAUGGCAGCUAAGCUAUUCGUAAUCUUCUGCGUUUUGGCUGCGGCCAACGCCGGCUAUAUUGGACUGCCAUCCGCCCUGCAGUAUCAUUACGAACCGAUAGCGCACGUUCAACCCGCUAUCACGUCGACGUCCGACAAUAUAUUACGUAGCCCUGGCAAUCUGGCGCAAGUGGCCACGCAAACCAAAACCAUCGACACACCUUUCUCUAGCUCGAGCAAGGCUGAUAUCCGCGUAACUAAUCCUGCUGUUACCACCUAUGCUCAUCUUGCUCAUCCAGCCCCGUUGACUUACGCUGCAGCCGCUAUACCAGCAGCAGUACGCCCGGCUGCUCUUGGAGUCGCUUACUCCCCGGCCGUGGAGGUAUCUCAUAUGAGCUACAGCAGCCCGAUUGGAAUUGCCUACGCUUACUAAAUCGAUCACACUCGCGUGAAUUUUUAUGAUAUAUAUAUGUAUAUUAUAUAUUUAUUCAAAAACCUUCGAUACCUGUAACUAUGUAUACUUCUGUAUGUGGCAAAUUAACGAUCA